AUGUUAAUGCUGCGACCGUUUCUGAGGGCUAGAACACCGCGACGUGUCGGAUUCCCUCGGCAAUCUCCCGUAUACCGGUCCCAGCGGGCUGGCCCGGUAAUUCCAAGGACAUGGUCACGCACAUUGACUGGUCAAUCUGGGCCUCCUUCCCCAGGAAAUGAUGCGCCCAACCCGGUUGAUGAUGCUACGGAACGUUUGGAGGGAGACGAGGCGGAGGAGAAGCGUGAGAAGAACCAGGCUGAAUGGCGAAGCACGGGGUGGAAAAUGUUCGAGGCGGCCAUGACUACGGGAGCGAGCAUUUUCAUUCUUGGCUGUGUUGGUAUUGGAUACACCAAGUACUACAAGUGGAAUCUAAUGGGGAAAGAGAUUCCGAAGAAUGGGGAGCCUUCUCGGUUGGAGGUUGUGAAGAGCGAUGCAAACGACGACCAGGACUAUGACCGGUGGAUUCCACGUGACGAGCAAGAGAAGAUUGACAAGAUUGUGUGGGGCGAGACCAAGGGCCGCUACCACUUGCUCAUUGGCGAAAAGGGGACGGGGAAGACGUCGAUGUUGAUAGAUGCCAUGGAUAAGAUCAAUGGCGAGGGAUGCUCAAUGAUGGAAGCCCAUGCUGAUCUUGAGGUCUUCCGUGUCCGACUGGGUCGCUGUCUUGACUUUGAGUACCACGAGGAUAACAUUGGGUCGCUCUUUUCCAUUCGCGGGCCUCGCGACGCAGGCGCCAUCCUUGACAUUGAGCGAGCCUUUAAUAAGCUGGAAAAGGUGGCCCUGAGACGGCGUGCAAGAGUUGGACGUCCGCUCAUCCUCAUCAUCAACUCGGCACAUCUAAUCCGUGACGACGAUGAUGGCAGGGAUCUUCUCGAGCUCAUCCAGCAACGGGCAGAGCAGUGGGCAGCGUCGAACCUCGCCACCGUCAUCAUCAACUCGGACAAGUACUGGGUUUUUGAAAGACUGAAGCAGUAUGCCACGCGCAUGGAGGUACAUCAGAUCAAGGAUCUCACCAAAGACCGUGCGAUGCAAGCUCUACGCAACUACAGAAUGAAGUACUACGGGGAAAAGGUGAAGGAGUCGAUUCUUGAAGAGGUCUACGACAAGAUUGGCGGCCGUCUAACCUUUCUCAAUCGCGUUGCCAAGUCGGAAGACAUGAUUGCAAAGUGCAACAACAUUUGCGAGAUGGAGAAGAUUUGGUUCCUGAAUAACUGCGCUAUACUGGGCGAGGAAAUGGACGACGACGUCAUGGACCAGCAGAAGUAUGCGUCAACUGCCAUGGUCCUCGCCAACGCCCUCUACAAACGCUACGCCGAAUUGGAAUCCAAAUACGACCCCAACCAAGGCCAUAUUCUCCCCUCCAUACCCCUUCACCGUGCCAGAUGGAUCAUGACACGCUCCGACUUUAUCAGGCAACAUCACGACCUAUCCAUCUUCUCCAUUGAUUCACACGCCGUGGUCCGCGCCGACUCGGUACCCAUGCAGCGUGCCUUUAACGAGAUCUGCUCCGAGCCUGGGUUUGAAGAUUUCCUAGAAGCAACCCUCGAGCGUAUUGGAGCGAUUGAAUCACUUGGCCGUACAAAGGAGCUUACGUUCAAGGAUCUGUGGGACGGCGGCAAGUACAGGAUUACUACAAAGAAUAAAAAAGGCGAGGUGCAGGGUGAGGUGGAGAUGGAGACUGUGGCUGGAAAGAAGGACGACUAG